AUGGUUCAUAAGGUUGCUGAUCUAAGGCUUACUAUGUGGAAGCCCCCUAAUGAGAUUGCGUUAAAUGUGGGUGGUAGUGUCCAUGGAGAUCCCCAAACUGCGGGAUAUGGGGGGCUUAGCCAGGACUUGUUAGCGUUCAAGCCUCUGAUGAUGCUAACACCAUCAACACCACCAUGGAUAGCACUCUUGCAAGGCCAACUCGCACCGGCAUCACUCUCUCUCUCUCCACUUCCCUUCUUCCUUCUUCCCCCUUCGCGCCACCACGACCAUAACAAGUGGUCCGACCUGCCGCCGCGGCCAUUGCCAUGGCUGAUCACGGGACCAGAGACAACCACAGACCGUUUAGAAGACGCUAUCGCCCGUCUUUCCACAAGCCAGGCCAACCUCAACGAACGGUACACUGAUCUUUCCGGUAAGGUUGAUUCUAUCCUUGAUCACCUUCGGUUACGCGAUACACACCAAAGCCAGUCCUCCGACAACACCAUGAACAGCCACCGCAACUCCGUUAAGCUCGACAUCCCGCGGUUUGAUGGUCGCGAUCCCCUCGGAUGGAGCUUCAAGAUGAAUCAACUCUUUCAAUACCAGAACACGCCGGAAGAAGAGAAAAUCACUGUGGCUUCUCUCUACCUCAACGGCGCUGCUCUUAGUUGGUACCAGUGGAUGCACAAUAAUGGCCUCGUCACUUCGUGGCAGGCAUUCCUCGAAGCUUUGGAAUCACGAUUCGCACCAACAUUUUAUGAUGAUCCUAAAGGUGCUUUGUUCAAGCUAGUUCAACGAGGUUCCGUGAACGAUUACUUAACGGACUUUGAGCGCCUGGCAAAUCGCGUGAUAGGUCUCCCUCCACCAUUCUUAUUGAGCUGCUUUAUAUCGGGAUUAAACCCCGAGCUCCGACGGGAGGUAUUGGCCCUCCAACCAAUUUCCCUCCUCCAAGCUACCGCCCUCGCAAAGCUGCAGGAGGAUAAGCUCCGGGAUAGACGAACUCUGAUGCCACGCCCCUAUCCACCCUCAUCAGCUCCCACUAACUUGACCUCUAAACCUAAAGCUCCUUAUGUGCAGCGUACUCCAGAAGAAAUGGCCUUCUGCAGAGAGAAGGGCUUGUUUUAUAACUGCAACGACAAGUGGAGUUCGAACCACCAUUGCAAGGGGCGCAUACUCCUAUUCGUGGCGGACGAUUCAGUCCCAGAUUCCGGCGAACCAGAAGCCAUCAUCCCUAGUUCCAGCUCAGACACUACUAUCAGUGAUCUUGACCUCACAACGGAAACCACCCCUCCCCACAUUAGCCUUCACGCCAUGUCUGGUUUACCCUCCUCCGAAACCUUUCGCGUGUAUGGCACAAUCAGAAACGCAUGCAUCACUGUUCUCAUCGAUAAUGGGAGUACCCACAAUUUCCUCCAACCCCGAGUGGCCCACUUCCUCCACCUCCCCAUCGAAAGUACCCACCCCCUUCGUGUCCUUGUCGGCAACGGCUCUAUGCUUGAUUGCGACAAACGCUGCCCUAACACACAACUCUCCAUCCAGAGUCACUCCUUUUCGAUCAAUUUCCACUUACUCCAGAUCAGAGGAGCAGAUGUUGUGCUUGGCAUCGAAUGGUUGAAGCAACUCGGCCCUAUUACCACUGAUUAUACUUCCUUCCUCAUGAGAUUCACUCACAUGGGCCAGGAGAUAUCCCUCCAAGCUGAUGUUGCCACUGGACCGGAACCUGCAUCGGUGGCCCAAGUCAAACACAUGAUCCACACAGGGUCGACUUCGACCUUAUUUCACUUAUGUCUCUUAUCUGAAACCCCCACAGGUACAACCACACAUCCUCCACCUAUUAUCACACCAAUCGCGAACCUUCUUCUCCGAUACGAUAAACUUUUCCAACCACCCAGAAGCUUGCCUCCCUCACGCGAAGUAAACCAUCGUAUCACCCUUCUCCCUGCAACAGCUCCGGUCAACGUACGCCCUUACAGGUACCCACACUUUCAAAAGGCCGAGAUUGAGAGGCAAAUCGCAGAACUCUUAUCUGCAGGCUUAAUAAGAUCAAGCACGAGCCCAUAUUCGUCUCCAGUUCUUCUCGUGAAGAAAAAGGAUGGAACAUGGCGCAUGUGUGUCGAUUACAGGUCUCUUAAUGCUGUUACAGUCCGCGAUCGAUUUCCAAUCCCCACGAUUGAUGAAGUAUUAGAUGAACUCGGUCAAGCUUCAUGGUUCACUAAGCUUGAUCUCAGACAAGGAUUUCACCAAAUCCUUAUGAACGAAGCUGAUAUCGAGAAAACGGCUUUUAGAACGCACCAUGGGCAUUAUGAAUACUUGGUUAUGCCUUUUGGCUUAUGUAAUGCACCCUCAACCUUUCAAUCAGCAAUGAAUCAUCUUCUCGCACCAUUCCUUCGUCGAUUUGCAGCUGUAUUCUUUGACGAUAUACUCGUCUACAGCAACUCACUCUCCUCUCAUGUUCAUCAUUUGGAGCUGAUCUUCCAGGCUCUACUACGAGGUGAGUUCUAUCUCAAGCAAGCUAAGUGUCUUUUUGCCCAGAGGGAAUUGGAGUACCUCGGCCAUAUCGUUUCCGCUAAAGGAGUCACCCCCGAGCCUUCUAAGAUCAAAGCCAUUACAUAG